GAAAGCUUUUGUACGAGUGGUGGGUAAAGAAGUACAGGAGCUUCCAGCGCAUCGCGGCACCCUCAGCAGGAAGAAGCCGCAGUGUAGCAGCUUGGAAGCCGGACUGCCUGCACUCUCUUGUCUCAUCGCUUACUGAGGGGGGGGGGGAACUUUUGAAGUGAGUUUUCGUGUUGACAAUUUGGUGGUUAUCAGAGAAGCGCGUAGACGUGAAUGUGUUUGGGGUGACUGGAGCGUGAGAGCCAGCGUGGAGAGGAGCCUUCCAACUUUGUAAGCCUGCUUUUGGCUUCACAAGAGCGGCGUUUGCUUCCCGAAGAGGUUCGUGGAUGUUUCUCCUUGUGUUCGCUCGGGGACUUCAAACUUUGUAAAAAAACAACUAUUAAUUAAUGAAAUCAAGGUUUACUUUGUGAAAGAUAAAACGACGAGAAAGAAGAGCGGGGACAAGUGGAUGUUCAAGGGACCAUGGAUGUGACAGUUUACACGCCUCCUCCUCAGCCUCUGGCCGCGUCAGACCACACCAGACUGGGGCAGCUCUCUUACCCUGACCCGGCCUUCGGGACCAACAAGUUGGAAGGAGACAGCACGUUCCUCAACAUGCAAGAAGCAGGCCUUGACUAUGUUUCAGCUAACCAGUUUCGUGUGCCGCAGCCCCCCCAGCCUCUCAGCAAGGUGACACCUCCUAACCCCGUGUUGCAGCACUGGAGGAGGGACACGCACAUGGGCGACGCACACCGCCUACCCUGGUCCUACCAAGUGGGAGCUUCGGGUGAUGAGGACUUCAACAUUCCGCCCAUUACCCCCCCCACCCUGCCGGAACACAUGCUGCCCCUUCAUCUGCCCCACGAUUCCUCCACUGGACCCUACCCCCCACUGGACACCCCCUCCGGCUCAGCUUCACACCACCCCUACCAGCUGCAGGCCAUGCCUGGGAGUCAGGAUGGCGCCACUAUGCUGAACCAAGAUGGUGGCACCUUCAGCCCAGACGGGGCAGCCAUGACCAGUACUCUAUCUGUGAUGCAGCAGAUGGUGAACUCUGACUCUCGCUUUACCAGCGGCCAACCGCCCAUGGAGGCGGCACUAGGACCCAGGAACCAACUGUCCACCAUCAACCAGUCCCAGCUUGGACUGAGCGGGAACUCGGUUACCCAUAGCUCCCCGUCUCCUCCUGGAAGUAAAUCCGCGACGCCGUCUCCCUCCAGCUCAGCACACGAGGAUGACAAUGAUGAAGGGCUGAGGGGCAUCGUAGGUGAGAAACGUCCGGCGGCCUUUGACAUCUCCAAGAAGGCCAAGACGGCAAAGAAGAAGAAGCGAAAGGACCCCAAUGAGCCGGUCAAGCCAGUGUCAGCCUACGCUUUGUUCUUCAGAGACACUCAAGCCAACAUCAAGGCCCAGAACCCCAAUGCCACCUUCGGAGAGGUGUCCAAGAUCGUGGCCUCCAUGUGGGACGGCCUGGGCGAGGAACAGAAACAGGUGUAUAAGAAGAAGACAGAGACGGCUAAGAAGGAGUACCUGAAACAACUGGCGGCCUACAGAGCCAGUCUGGUCUCUCAGAGUUACAACGAUCCAACCGAGAUGAAGCCGCCCCACUCCUCAUCGACUCCAUCUUCCUCCUCCUCCUCUACCUCCAUGUUCACGUCCAAGCCGUCCGUCUAUGCGGGCCAGCACCCCCAGCACCCGAGCAUGUACAUGUCAUACCCCCACCCGUCCUGCCUCCCGGCCCCUCACCUUCCACCCCCCCACCCUCAGAUCCACCCCCAGCUCCACGCCCUGUCCUCAAGAGGGACCGUACCACGGCCCGGUUUGCCCCAUCAGGGAGGGCUGUCCCUCGGAGGUGUGAUGCCGGCCUCCAACCCUCCUCACCAGGUCAGCCCUCCGCACCACAGCCAGGUUCAUCUGGGGGGGCUGCAUAGUCCUCACCAGCAGCACCAGCAGCUGAGUGGACACUCAAUGGCAGUGACACACUCCCCCACAAUCACGCAGGCUUACUCCCUCCAGCCAGAGUAUCAGCCAAUGGGAGGAGGCCUGAUGAACCGAAGAGGGGUCGACUACCACGAGCUGGGUCGACACAUGCCCGCCCACCACCCGUCUCUGGACUGGAGCGCCGAUUACCAUGGCAACGGGUAUGCGUGGAGGCGCCGUCGUGAGGACGUGUGUGCAGGAAGUGGCGUCCAAAGUGCGGCCCGGGGGCCAUCGGCAGCCGUGGCUGUUUUUUUAUUGGCCCACAGCACAUCCUAAAAAUAGCACUUCAUGAGCAAAGUUGAAAGAAAAAGAAAAAAUCAGCAGUAAUUUGACAAGAAUAAAACCAAAAUAUGAAAAGAAACACAUUGGAUUCUCUGAGAAUAACUUUGAUGAAUAAUAAUGUAAUAUAAUAUAUAAUAUAAUAUAAUAUAAUAUAAUAUAAUAUAAUAUAAUAAAGAAUAAAUAAGUACGUGAAAUAUGAAGAGCUAACAAAACAACGGGUACAUUUUUAGGUUGCAGAAAAGUUCUAAUGUUCCGAGAAGUUAAAGUCGUGAUCACAAGAAGAACGUUUACCAAAAAUAGAAACAACAGCAGAAGUGGAAAUUUGACAGGAAGAAAGUCCAAAUAUGACCAGAAAAAGUAAAUGCGAUCAUUUAGCAGCACAGACGUGACAUCUUGGAGGAAAAGAGAUGAGUUUUUCAAAGCAUCAAAUGACGAGAAACAAUGACCUUGUCAUAUUUGGAGAAAGUUCUCAUCUGAUGUGAAUAAGUCCAAGUUUUACGGGAAUAAUGCGAUCAAAAGAACAUUUAUUGGGGUUAGUGAAGAAAAAGGAUCAUUUGAAAAAAGAAUGAAGGCAAAGUAUGAACACAGUCAAGUCAUGAAAUGAAGAGAAAAAACAGCAUGAAUAGGAAAUAUUCCAGGAAAAAAGUCAUAAUAUGACAAAAAACAUAAAGAAUAAAGUUGCCAUUUUUGGAAAAUUAGGUUGGGAAAAAGUUCUAAUAUUACUGUGGUAAAAUCCAAGUAUUACGAGAAUAAAGUCACAAUGUUACCAGAAAAAAUGUACAAGGAGGAAGUUGAAAUAAAAAUAAAAAAACUUUCUUGUUCAUAAUGAAUAACACAAAGCUGAGAUGCUGGCUUUUUCUUUGAAGAUGAAGACCAUGAGUUGGUCUGGAAAAUGUAGAAGUGGCCCCCGCAUCCUUUUAUUUUUCAGUAUGUGGUCCCCCACCGGAAAACGUUUGGACACCGCUGUUUUAUACAUCAUGUUUUCUCUUAUUAUGUCUACUAUAUUGGUAAAUAGGAGUGUAAAGGUGACUAUAGGGGUGUUAUUUCACGUCUCGAGGGCUCCAAUCAUGUUAAAAUGUGUAUUUAGAAGGUGGUAAACAGGUUUUCUAUGUCUUAUUUUCUCUUAUUAUGUCUACUAUAUUGGCUAAUAGGAGGGUAAAGGUGACCAUAGGGGUGUUAUGUCAUGUCUAGAGGGCUCUAAUCAUGUUAAAACAUGUAUUCAGAAAGAGUUUUCUAUGGCCUAAUUACCAAAAUAGUCCACUUUUAAAGGUGGAAUCCUGCUUUCACUUAACACGGUCAGUCUGGAUCCAAGUAGCCGCCAUAAACCAGGGAUGACUGGAGACGAUUUUCUCUGAGUGCAGUGAAUCAGCUUGAUAUUUGCACACUGACUGACGUGUCACAAACCAACAGAAGCUUAUCCACCAAAAACAACAAUGUUAUUUUAACCCACAAGGCAUGCUAGGUAACUUCCGUGUGGGGAGGUGGGCUGGUGGCAGGUGAGCAUUUGGCAAGCAUUCGGGCUGACAAGCUCCCGGUGGUUUGUGGAUGUGUUAGUCAGCGUGCAAAUGUUCAGCUGGAGGAGGAUUUGGAGGGGGAGGUGCGAGCCGUGCGUCAAAAAUAGACACAUUUUACAGCCGUACGGAUGACUAGCGGUUUAGCGGUUUCUGUCCUUCACUGGCGGCCCACAGUGUAACCAUGCUAGCGUGUUUCUUCCAGGCUAACCCGUGUUCCUCCUGUCCUCCUCCAGAGGUCCUCAGCGAGACAAGUCUUUGUACCUGAGUUAAUCUCCCAGCAAAGUCACCAGCGUCCCUCUACCGCCACACGGCGGGACCUGACUCAAAGCACUAGGACGUGGACUCGCAGCGGACAAAAUCCCAACCAAAGCCAGAAAGAAAAGAGGCAAUGUGCGGCAUCCCUGCGCCCCUGAGAGGGACGUAUGAGGACAGGUCAAAACAGGAAGUGGACAUACUUGCUUCCUGCAUGUGCGUAUCUCUUGUGUGAGUGUAAGGAUGAAUGUGGAGGUCCAUGUACUUGUAUAUACUGUACUGCAAUACCACAAGUACUUGACGAGUCACGCUGAAAAGAACAAAAGCAAACUGCAAUCAUCCAAUCAAAUGACAGCUCUUGAAGAAAGAAAUGUGUUGUUUUUGGGGAAAACAGUUGGAAUAUUCAGAGUUUUAGUGGUUUUUGUUUUCAUAUUUCCAUGACAUGAGUACUUUCUCUUAUCAGCGUGAUCCGUAAAAGUGCAUCAGCCCAAACAGAUGUAGUCGGGCUGGACUAGCGCUUGCUUGUAAAAGGAAUAAAAGAAAUAGAAUCAGUGCGACGUGCGUGUGAAAUACUGUGAUGUCCCUCCCAAAUCCACUUGAGUUUUCUUUGAGGGGGUGGCAGCUCAUCUCUUGCGUGAUGAUUGGGUGCUGAUGAGGAAGAGGGUUUGUGAUUCCACGUGUAGUCGUUGGUCUGCAUGGUCUCUAAGUGUCCAUCUAGAAGCUUCGCUUUCUUGCUUGUCUUUCAUCAACUUUUCUGUGUUUUUGACCAAGAGGAGAUGAGACGUCUCUCGCAGGCUCCCUAUCCUUUUUCUAUUUGAUGUGUUUUGGCAGAUGAAAGGACUCUGGGCAGCAACCAUGAAGAUUUUCUUAUUUUUAGAUUUUGAAAAUGUGUUUGACAAUAAAGUCGGUGCUGCAUUGAUGUGCAGUCGUUACUCCAAACGCUGACGUUUCUUCCUUUCCCACACGUGGCACGUGCUCAUGCAGCCGCGUUUCAUUUCUUUCAGACGUGCUUCAUAACACACUUGUUACUCCCCCCAGUCCAAUUAGCACAACAAGACUCCAGUUCCACUGACUCACGGGUACUCGAUGAAGACUGAAAUAAUAAUAAUGAUGCAUUUCAAAAACUCAAAGACGCUUUACGUGGUAAGCAAAGAAACAGAACACCGGAUUAAGAGAUUGCAAUGUGAUGUAAUUACGAAACAUGUACGUUUCACUGACUCACGAGUACUCAACGAAGACUCCAGUUGUGCUGACUCAUGGGUGCUUGCCCAAGACCCAGGUUUCAUUGACCCACUAGUGCUUGGCGACAACUCUAGUUUCACUGACUCACAAGUACGCAACAAAGACUCUAGUUUCACUGACUCACGGGUACUCAACAAAGACUAGUUUCACUCACUCAUGGGUACUCAACAAGGACUCUAGUUUCACUGACUCACGGGUACUCAACAAAGACUCUAGUUUCACUGACUCACGGGUACUCAACAAAGACUAGUUUCACUCACUCAUGGGUACUCAACAAGGACUCGAGUUCAUCGGUCACCAACACAGUGCCCACGGGCACCAGGUCACCCCCAGAGAGCACAUGAGUCACCCAGACCAGUUAACUGCGAUUCUUUUGGUUGCUAUUUUUGUUUAAAUCACACUUCAUGUAAACUGGAAAGGACAAUAUAUUUAAAAAUACUUCUACAAAUGUUGAAUAUAAAUUACCUCUGACCUAGCAUAGUUCAAAGUUCGGUGUUGCGCAGAUGACCAAAAGAUGGCGUUUGUGGAGCUCACACAAGCAAACCAGUGGAAACAAGCUAGCGGGUGUUUCACAAUGAAGCGGAGGUUUUUUAACCACUGUGAAAGGAACCUCUGAUUUGGUGGCAACGACAAGGCGGCACAAUGUGUAGAGACAUGUCACAAGGUGCCGCACAAGCUACCAUGCUAACUACCCACAGGGCAGCGCACUACCGAGUUAGAAGCAGCUUUGUCUUUUUUUACGAGUUUGGUUAAAAAUACCCCAAAAGAAACCGAAGUCUCGCUUCGAGCAACGCAAAAGGAAAGAAGACCUGAUGCUAACUGCUAAAACUGCAACGGUAAGCAGAGUGUCUGCGAUGUUUUACACGAUUUAUUGUUUGUACAAACAUGGUGCAAAGUCACUGAUGAUUUGUGAAAAGAUGUGGCUCGUGAAAAGGGGACAUUGUCAUUUUCAGUAACUGUUGAACAAGUCAUCAUUUGAAAGUAUUCAUUCUUAAUAAUAACAUAUAGUGGAGUUCAAGGUCAAGAGGUGGCUAUCAAACUGGUAGCCGUUGGCAUUACAGAUGUAGCCCUCGUGUUCCAAAAGGUUGGUGACCCCUGGUCUAGCUUCACUGACUCAAGGGUGCUCCACAAACUUGAAUUUCACAGACUCACAAGUACUCAACAAAGACUCAAGUUUUACUGGCUCACGGGUACUCGCCAAAGACUUGAGUUUUACUGAUUCACAGGUACUUCACAAGUAUUUGAAUUUCACUGACUCACAGGUGCUUGACAAAGACUCGAGUUUCACUGACUUGACAAAGAUCACUUCUCAGGGCACUGACUGGAUGGCAGCUGGACUGUCCAGGUUGUCUCCUCUGGACUGUUCUGGACAGAGAAGGAGGAUGGUUGGAGAGAGGAGUGAGGGACGUCAUCUAUGUUAAGGUUGUCUGUGAAGGUGGGGGGACAAUGCUGUCCUUUCAUCCUUUCCUAAGAGACUCAGUCAUUUAGCCCUUAAGCAAAGUAGCAUGGCCACCUUGCUUUAGAGGGCUUCACGAGCAUCAUUACAUCUGAAUGGGAUGCUAACCAAGGUGGUAGCAGGAACCGAUGAGAGGCCAAACAUCUCCAGUUGCCAUCCAUUCAAUCAGUGGCGAUUGCUCUGAGACUGCAAGGAAAGCUCAGCUUCUCCUAAAAUGUCCCCAAAAAGUGGUGAAAUAUGUUGUGCUGUGUUUCAUUUCAUUGACUAAACCCUGAACUGGACGGUGUUAGAAUCCCAAUUCUACCUCUGACACCUUGUCUUGCCCUAGAUUUGCCCAUUCAUGAGAAUCAAGUGGUGUCCCAAUUCUCCUUAAACCGAGGGGGAAGGGAGAAGUGCUAAGGGGUACACACCCCUUGAUAGCAAGUGUGGUCGCUUGAAACGAAGGGGAAGGCGGAGCUCCAAUGCCCGCUGACAAGACGGAAGCACGGAGACCGAAAGAAACACAUAAAUGAGAUGCUGAACCAAGUGAAGUCAGCCCUCUGCUACACCACACGGCACUCCAGCACCUUUCAAAAGCUACAAUCUCAGUGUGGAAAAGACAAAUACAACAAAAUGCAAUUCUGGGCUUUCUUACAAAACAAUGGGAGAGAACAUGAACAUGGCCAAAGCAGGGAGGUUUUUAAACCUUCAAAUGAUGCUUGAUAAGGUUUAUACAUUUGCUGAUGACAUUUGUGAUAUUGUUAUUUCUA